AUGUCUCAGUCAUUUGUUGUGUUAGGAGCUUCGGUAUUAGUACAGGAUAGUUCUGAUGAAGUGUAUAAGCAAUGCAAUAUACCAUCAUUAGAUAGUCCUAGAAAACCCGACGCGCCAACAUGA